CCUUCCCCGCUGCUGGCUUCUCCCUUCUUGCUGCAUUGGGGGGUGGGAGAGGGUUGAAGGGAUUCUGGGAAAACUAGGAUGCCUGAAUUCCCCAUCGCGACUUGCUUGACCCGGGACAAGGCGCGUCCCCUCCAGGGCCUCGGUUCCAUCUUUAAAAUGGAGUAACAGCACAGAGCUGCUCACCUUGCAGAAGUGCCCGAAGCCCUGAUGAAAUAAUGGAUGGGAAGCAGUUUUCGUUAUGAAGAGGGAGAUGAAGCGGCUGCACGAAGGGAGAGCACAGCCUUGCUAGGAGGCAGCUCUCGGCGACAGCAGUAGCCCUCAGCGUCCUUCACACCCUCCCCACCAAUGGAUGAUGGGGAAAGCACUGCUCCUGCUCCGGGGGUUCCCCGGAGGGGACCCUGGAACCAGGAACUGCGGACGGGGUGAGACGGCGGCCCAAAGUCUGAGCCUAAAGUUCUGGGACAUCACUGCCCCAGGGCGGGUCGAGCCCCAAACCCUACCACUAAAUCUCCAGGUCAACCGAGAAGGGGUACUCCUGGUGGGCUGAGCUGAGCACUCAUUCUUCUCAGGACUCUAGACCUCCUGGGGAAAAGAUAGGGACCCAGCUGGAGAGAUAAUCCUUCUUAGCGCCCCCUAUGUCUCUCCCCUGGAGGUGCAAAUCCAUUCCAAAUCUUCCGGGAGUGGAAGGGGCUGGACAGCUCUGUACUACUUAACUAACCAGGAAUGAGAGGUUUGGGCAAGCUUGCUUGAUGAAGGAAGAAAAAAUCUACCUUCGCCCAUUCGAUUCAUUCAACAAUUACCGGGCACCAACUAUGUGCCAGACAGUAAAAGCCUGGAUAGUUUCUCCCCAUUUUUCAAAGUCGCUAAACACGACCAGAGGGCAAAGAGUAGGCCCAGAACCUUGGAGUCUUGGCUCCGCCCCAUCUGCGUUUGGCUUUGCCCGCUCCUCCCAUCAUCACUUCACUCAGAGGCGGCCACUGGCCCAAGACGAAAAAAGACCCAGUCUCUGCUGCACCAUCGCAUUCUCUAGCUUCAGUUCUCAAGCCCUGUAGCCCAGCGAGGUCUGAUGUAACACCUCCGGUCUGUUUCGCUCUCAGUUUCGAGAUCCAUCCGGAACGCUUUUAGAUAGGAUCCUCAGUGAGAUCGCACUCGAUUGAAUCGGUCUGCCUCUACAGCCCAAGGAGGCGGGUUCGCCGAGGCCGCUCCAAGGCCAAAGCGAGAAGACCUUACUGCGCACGCGCAAUAGGCAGCCGAUGGAGCCACCGAUGGAGCCGUCCGGAGGGGAGCAAGAGCCCGGAGCCGUCAGGCUCCUGGACCUGCCUUGGGAAGACGUGCUGCUCCCACACGUCCUGAGCCGGGUGCCGCUACGCCAGCUGCUCCGGUUGCAGCGCGUCAGCCGGGCCUUCCGGGCGCUAGUGCAACUGCACCUGGCGGGGCUGCGCCGCUUCGACGCCGCUCAGGUGGGUCCGCAGAUUCCGCGGGCCGCCUUGGCCUGGCUGCUGCGGGACGCUGAGGGGCUGCAGGAGCUGGCGCUGGCGUCGUGUCACGAAUGGCUGUCGGACGAGGAUCUGGUGCCUGUCCUGACGCGGAAUCCGCAGCUGCGGAGCGUGGCGCUGGCCGGCUGCGGGCAACUGAGCCGCCGCGCGCUGGGGGCGCUGGCGGAGGGCUGCCCCCGCCUGCAGCGCCUUUCGCUCGCGCACUGUGACUGGGUAGAUGGCCUGGCGCUGCGCGGCCUCGCCGACCGCUGUCCGGCCCUUGAGGAGCUGGACCUCACCGCCUGCCGUCAGCUCAAGGAUGAGGCCAUCGUAUACCUGGCGCAGAGGCGCGGCGCGGGCCUCCGCAGCCUCUCGCUGGCAGUCAACGCCAAUGUGGGGGACGCCGCGGUCCAAGAGUUGGCCCGGAACUGCCCGGAACUCGAGCACCUCGACCUAACCGGCUGCCUCCGCGUCGGAAGCGACGGCGUCAGGACGCUGGCCGAGUACUGCCCCGCGCUGCGCUCGCUGCGGGUGCGGCACUGCCACCAUGUGGCCGAGCCCAGCCUGAGCCGCUUGCGGAAGCGCGGCGUGGACAUCGACGUGGAGCCACCGCUGCAUCAGGCGCUGGUGCUGCUGCAGGACAUGGCAGGCUUUGCACCCUUUGUUAACCUGCAGGUCUGACCUGUCUGCCGACGGGGCACAGCUGGACUGUGUGGCGGGGCCUGACUAUGAACUGUAGGGAAACUGAACUGUGGGGGCCUCUGGUUAGAGGCGGAUGCCCUGCCCCACUCUGGAGCUUCAAAUAAAGAGAUUUUUA